AAUCAUCCAAAUGCAUUAGCCCUAGCACAUCUCUUCCCAUGUCUGGCACAUCCUCUUCUCUCCUUCUCGUUCUCCAGCUAUGCCUUGCUCUCUCUGCAUGUAUCGCUAGGCCAAUUGGCAACAAUGAAAACGAGCCUGGAAAAAGCUUUCAGUUCUCCUCAGUCAAGAAUAAAGAGAAAUCAAGUCUUGCUGGGGUUUAUAUUGUAUCGAAUCCAAUCCCCAAAUGGGCACCAGCUAAAAUCGGCAGCUCUCUCCUGAAAAAUGAUAAGAAUGAAGAGAAGUCAAACCCUGCAGGGGUUUAUAUUGUGUCGAACCCAAUCCCCAAAUGGGCACCAGCUAAAAUCGGCACCUCUCUCUUCAAAAAUGAAAAGAAUGAAGAGAAGUCAAGUACGGCUGGGGUUUAUAUUGGGUCAAAUCCAAAACCGAGAUGGGCACCAGCUAAAAGCAGCAGCUCUCUCCUGAAAAAUGAUAAGGUGAAGGAUGAUAUUCAAUCGCCAUCUGCUAACGAUCAUCUUGAUGAUGAGAAACAUGAGGAGAAAGUUGAUCAGACAUCUGAGGUAGAUGAAGCAAAUGAUGAUGAUACAACCGAGAUUCCUGCGUCUCGGAGUUCCGAGGAUGAGCAUCUGGGACAGGAACGACCAUGGUAUCACGUCGAUUACGCACCAGUCAGGACACAUCCUCCACAUCACAACUAAUUGAUAUGUACAUGUUCAUCCUGUCGGAAAUCUAAAGGACAUAUAGCUUCAUGAUCAUGAGUUAAUUGAAAGCUCUUUCAAUCAUAUUUGAACCUUAUUAAUUAUCCCUAAGUUGAUCAUGAAGACGAUUGUCUCAAUAUAUUACUA